AUGAUGUCGCGAGCGAUUUUUGCACUCAUCCUCGCGUCGGUUGCGCUCUUCUUGGCGUGGAGAGAAUCGAAUACGGAGGUGCACGUCGACGGUGAGUACGACGAGGAAUGGAAGCCAGUGUUCGAUUCCUUUAGGAGAAACCUUGAAGAGAAUUGGGAGCGCGGUGGAGCGGCUUUUGUCGUGUAUCGCGACGGUCGAAAAGUCGUCGACAUUUGGGGCGGGUAUGCUGACCGCGAAAGCGAGAGGUUGUGGAAGAACGACACGCUGAGUGUGGCGUUCUCAUGCUCAAAGGCUGUCGGUUCGAUUGUGAUCGCCGAUUUGAUCGACAAAGGCCGCGCGAGUUAUGAUGAUCUCGUCACGAAAUAUUGGCCCGAAUUUGGGAAACACGGCAAAGAGAACGUGACGAUUCGAUGGCUGAUUGGACACAAAGCGGGACUCGCUUAUACGGACCAUCCGAUUACAUUCGAAAUGACUAGGGAUGUGAAGCGUGUCGAGAAGGUUUUCGAGGAUCAGAUUCCGAAUUGGCCGCCAGGCACUGCUCUUGGCUAUCACGCUGUCACCCAUGGAUGGCUCGUGGACGCGCUUGUGAGGAGAUUGGACGACAGGCAUAGAACA